ACAUGCGGCGGCUACAAGAGGAGCUUAGGUGCACGCAAGUGGGAAAUUGUCUGAGCGAUGUCCGCAGUCAUGGACGUCGGGCUGCCGACCACACCACUUCAGACGACCCAACUCAACAGCCAGGCUACAUGGCAUGAAAUUAUAUGGAAGGUCUCCGAUGCCGGCCUCUUUGCGGACUCGAAGCAUUUCGUCGAUUGUCCUGUGCUGCGGCCUUGGGAGCUCGUCGCGGCGGACUGGGAGCAGCUAAAGGUUGAUGGGGUAACUCAAGAGGCCCUCAAGUGCUUUAUCGCUUCAAACUUCGGCCCACCGGGCAGCGACCUCGAGGCGGUCUUGCCCGCCAGCUGGCAUGAGGAGCCACCUGCAUGGCUUGCGGGCCUGCCAGAGGAGGAGGCACGUGCAUUCGGGGCUGCGGUGCACCAGCUGUGGAAGACGCUGUGCCGGAAGGUGUCCUCGGACGUCCUGGCCAACCCAGAUCGCCACACACUGCUGCCACUGCCCCAGCCCUUCAUUGUGCCCGGCGACCGCUUCCGUGAAUGCUACAACUGGGACUCCUACUGGGUCAUCCUGGGCCUGCUUGCCUCCGGCCUGCUGCCCGCUGCCCGCCAACUGCUGACCAACCUGCUGGGGCUGGUGGAUGUGUGGGGCUUUGUGCCCAACGGCGCCCGCGCCUACUACACCAACCGCAGCCAGCCACCGCUGCUAAGUGCUAUGGUGGCGGCGGUGGCGGCGGCAACUGCCACUGCGCAGGAGGAAUCACGGGGCCGGGAGGGUGCUGGGGCCACCGGGGUGAACGGCAACGGGAGAGCGCAGUCGGCUUCCGGCGCUGGGGUCAGCAACAACCACAGCAGCAGCAACAGCACCGGCGGCACUGAGACAGAGACACUGCUACGUGAGGCACUGCCGCGACUCAUUGCGCACCACGGGUACUGGACCUCAGGCCCCAAGCUCGUGCGGGUGCGGAGCAGUGCAGGCGGCGAAGGUGGAGGGGCCGGCAGUGGCGAUGGCACUGGGGGUGGCCAGGAAGGUGGCGGGACCGGAGAGCGGACCGUGUUUGAGCUGAGCCGCUACCAUGCAGAGCUGUAUGAGCCGCGGCCCGAGAGCUUCAGGGAGGACCUGAACCUGGUGGAGGGCGCGGGGCUGGGCCCGGAGGCGGCUCGUGCCCUGUACUGCGACAUCGCCAGUGCGGCCGAGUCGGGCUGGGACUUCAGCACACGCUGGUUCGUGGGCGGCGACUCGCUGGCGCACACACGCACCACGCAGAUUGUCCCCGCUGACCUGAACGCCUGGCUGUACCGCACCGAGCUGGACAUAGCCCACAUGGCCGCCCGCCUUGGCGACAGCGCCACACGAGACGCCUUCGCGGCCCGCGCCGCCGAACGCGCCGCCGCAAUGGAUCUGCUCAUGUGGAGCGACGCUGACGGCUGCUGGCACGACCUGCUGCUGCAGCCCUCACCUGCACCACCGUCAUUGCGGCAAGCAACUGACGGCGCCGCUACUGCACCUCCUCCAGCUACCGCAAAGGCUGUGGAGGCACAGGAGGAGGACGCGGGAGCGGUUCAGGAGGACGGCAGCGCAGGCGUGUACCCUACUCAGCAGCGGGCGGGCGUGUACGCGUCCAACUGGGUGCCGUUGUGGUGCGGCGUGGCGGCGCCCGGCAGCAGCCGUGCCGUGGCUGCAGCAGCGGGGCUGCGCUCGUCGGGCCUGCUACAGCCCGGCGGGCUGCUCACUUCACUGUGCCGCUCCGGGCAGCAGUGGGACGCGCCCAACUCCUGGCCGCCACUGGUGCACAUGGCUGUGGAGGGGCUGGAGCGGUCGGGGGCGCCAGGGGCUGCCGAGGCGGCGGCGGGGCUGGCCAGGAGCUACGUGGCGGGCUGCAGGGCGGCGUGGGGCGCCACGGGGCACAUGCAUGAGAAGUACGACGCGAUGGUGCCGGGCGGCGUGGGGCGGGGCGGGGAGUACGUGCCACAGGUGGGGUUUGGCUGGAGCAACGGAGUGCUGAUGACGCUGUUGCGCAAGUAUGGUGCAUGAGUUAUGGCAAGCUACAUCAAUAGGCAUGGGGGGAGUCAUCAUUAUAGCCCGUGCUUGCAGUGUGAGCGAACCGGUGAGCUCAGGCGACGCAAAAGAACGUGAGAUGGGCUGGGUACAUGCAACGCGCGGAGGAAAGUGAACUGUGAACGUACUAUUGGACGUGUGUGUCAUGCAUCCGCAGCGACACAUCUCUGUCAGCUGUGGCGUGCACUGACACUGCCGCCGUGGCCAAAGCUGAAGUACGACAGAUCGAGUACGGUGCCCUAGGUUUUGCCGGCGCGGCUGUGUGAACGAGGUUUUAGCGCUGUCGUUCUGAUUGCAUUCUUCUGCUGGUCCCCCCUCUAACCCACGUCGUACAGACUUCAGUACAGCUGGUGCGCUGGGAUGUUCGUUCUCCCCUGUGGUAACGCAUCUGGUGCGUAUGGCAGCUGGUCCGCCCUCAAACGCAACAAGUU